AUGGUGAGGGCACAUCUUGACCAACGGCUUUUCCCAGUGCAUACAUUUCAAAUUUUGUUGCAGCGUCGUCCUUAUUUCCAGGCUUCCACUCUGUUCAUUAAUUCCUUACAAACCAAUAAGCCACUCACCGCCCGUACUAUACAGAUUUGGAUCUCAAAACUUAUUCGUUUGUCUACUUCGGAACCUCGAGUUUCUUUGCGCUCGAUCGCUUCUUCAUUAGCACUUCAGUCUGACAUUCCUAAGGCGGAUAUCGUUACUAUGGGACAUUUGACUUGGUCAACUACAUUCGAAAAACACUGUCUUCGAGAACACCUGCCCCGUUUUGAUUUCACUAACAAGCUUAUCACAAGUGGCGAUGAUGAUAGUGAAGAUGACUCGAAUGUGGAGGAUGUUUUAUUCGAUGCCGUCGAUAGUCCCAUGGAUUCUUCAUAG